AGUCAGCCAUCGCGGAGCUCCACACGCCCUAUCCCGCAAGACAAUCCCAUCCAGCAAGUACUUUUGCCUUGUAUUAAGUUUAUGCACUUCGUCUCCACAGAUAGGCCUUGCUGCCGGAGAACCCGCCCUCUCGUUCGUCUCCACCGCGGAAUUAAGGGAGAUAGAGCACAACUCUCGAUUUGAAAGCCUUCAAAGAGGUCGUGUCCAAAAGACACUAUGCUUAGCUACAUAUCGGCCACAAGACGGAAGGCAUGUAGUGCAUGCGUAAAAGCAAAACGACGUUGCGAUUUAGGCUAUCCUUGUUGUAAUCGGUGCUUCACGAAGGGCCUAGUUUGUCAAUAUCGCGGAGCAAGUGCCAGUGAUGCAUUGACUCAACCAGAGGUUGUGGUCCGCCAAACAUCUCCGGAAAUAAUCAACCGAAGACAUCGCUUUAUAACACCUUCAGAUUCCGAAUCCGUUUCAUCGCCACGUGAGCCCCGGCGGCUCUCAGCUAACGACUUCGAAUCUCUGUUUUCUGGAACCCAAUGUCCACGCUCUGAAAGUAGCAACUAUCCCUCCCCGCGGCAUGGUUCACACGCAGACAGUCCAUCUUUGGGCCACUACCAAACACCAACCCUCCUCUCACCAGCCCCACAGAUCUGGGAACCCUGCUCACUAUCGAAUCUGCAAAUCAACUUCAUCAUCGACCAACUCUCUACCUAUGUCCGCGGCUUUGCAUACGCGGGCAGCACCCCCUUCAUCCAUCCAACUCUUUACGAAAAGUGGCAGCCUGCAGCAUACCAAGACGCCUGCGCCCUCUCCGCGCUCUACAUCCUCAAAACCCCACGGAACAAGAACACAAUCUCCAGCUCCAUCAGCGCCAAAAUCUCAGCGCUAAUAUCCUCCUCCUCGUUCUGGAGUCUCUCAGACCUCCUCGCCGCCGUCCAAGCGCUUCUGAUCUACCAAAUCAUCCGCCUCUUCGACGGCGAGCUGGACCAGCGCCGCGUCGCCGCAAAGCACAACGCCGUGCUCGAGAAAUGGGCGGCCGAGCUCUGGCGCCGCUCCUUCGCCGAGCCGUUGAGCUUCCCGACCGAGCACCAGUCGUGGAUCUUCUACGAAUCGCUCCGCCGGACGGUGUUGAUGUCCGUGUUCCUCCGCGGCGCGUGGUCGUGCGUUACCAACGGUGGCGUAUGCGAACAGUGCCCGACGCUGAAUCGGCUUCCCGUCACUAUCGAUCCGGAGCUAUGGGAGCUUGCGGAGGGUGACUGGGAGGCCGAGUUGAGCGCGAGAGCUGCGAAGAGCAUGUCGACUUAUGGGCAGUAUGCGUUAUCUUUUAAUCCGGAGAAUCAGGGCGCGCUGGGCGUGUUUGAGAGGAUGUUGCUGGUGGCUUGUCGAGGGGAGGCGGCGAUGGACUCGCAGGUGCCGGUGAUGGGGUUGGUGUGAUACUAGGUGUAAGAGCGGGAUUGGUGUAAUGGUUUUGGGAUAAUGGACAGCUUAAUGAAGGAUAUGGGGGAGUCUGGCGCAGACAUGGGAAAAUAGGGAUUUGUCUGAAUGGGGGCGGCGUAUAUUUAUUAUCUAAAACUCCCAUCUUAAUAGUUCUUUACGAAUCAACAAAUGUAAUACUGUUGUACAGUAC